UACUUCUCUGUUCGAAUAUAAUGAUUAGGCCAACGUAUUCAUAAAGUGUGAUGUUUGCUCUGCUGUCUUUCUUUUUAUCCAGGAAAAAUCAAUGAUUCUGCCAAGUCUGAGAUGUUUACAUUUCACGACGGAGGUGUACAAAUUUCAUGCAAAUACCCCGAGACUGUCCGGCAGUUUAAAAUGCAGCUGCUGAAAGGGAGGCAAGUCCUCUGCAACCUCACGAAGACUGAGGAGAGUGGAGACACGGCGCCCGUGAGGAGCCUGAAGUUCUGUCAGUCUCAGCUCUCCAACAACAGUGUGUCUUUCUUCCUGUCUAACCUGGACACUUCCCACGCCAGCUACUACUCGUGCAAACUCUUCGUUUUUGAUCCUCCUCCUUUUCUAGAAGACGUUCUUAGCAAAGAAUAUUUGCAUAUUUAUGAAUCACAGCUUUGUUGCCAACUGAAGUUCUGGUUACCCAUAGGAUGUGCGGCUUUUGUGGUGGUCUACAUUUUCGCCUGUGUACUUAUAUGUUGGCUUGUAAAAAAGAAGUAUCGCUCCAGUGUGCACGACCCUAAUAGUGAAUACAUGUUCAUGGCCUCAGUGAACACAGCUAAAAAGCCGAGACUCGCAGAUGUGACCCGUCAUAUGGAAGUCUCUGGCACCCAGGCGUGAACCAUGUUGGCCAGCUCCCUCCAGCUUGAAGUGCAAGAUUCUCUCAUUUCCUGAACCACGGAGAGUCUGACCUGAUUUGACUGCAUACAUCUUCUACUGGUGUUCUGUUCAGUCUGGACCAGUGGCUCUGUCAGUCAGUAGGGAUUUUAACAGACUGCCUCAGCACUGUUGAGUUCUCUCAAAACCAACACCCGCUCGCAACUAGCUUUCUAGCAAGCCCAGCUCAUGCUCACACAUAGACCUCACUGGGACGGAAUCCCUGUCUGCA